AGAAGAGCCGCUCCUCAGCUGCUACCUGCCGGGUCCACCUAUGUCCGUUUGAGCUGCUGUCUCACGUGAAGAUGUCGGAGGAAUUGCGCGCACAGCUGGAGAAACAUCUGCAGACCUUACACAUCCAGACGAGCUGCGUGGAGCACCCGCCGGUGUUCACGGUGGAGGAGAUGAUGCCUCACCUGCAGAGCGUGAAUGGCGCCGUCACCAAGAACCUGUUUCUGAAGGACAAGAAGAAGAAGGGGCUGUGGCUGGUGUCGGCCCGCCAUGACCGCCAGGUGAACCUUAAUGACCUCGCCAAGAAGCUUGGUGUCGGGAGUGGAAAUCUGCGCUUUGCAGAGGAGGCAGCCAUGUUGGAAAAGCUGAAGGUGGGUCAGGGCUGUGCGACGGCUCUUGCUCUGCUCUUCGAUCAGGAUCGCAGCGUAAAGUUCGUCUUGGACCGGGACCUGGUGGAAGGAGGCCAUGAGAUGGUCUACUUCCACCCAAUGACCAACGCCGCCACCAUGGGGCUCAGACCGGACGACCUGCUGCGCUUCCUCAAGGAGACAGGACACGAGCCCAUCCUGGAGUGCUUCGAGUAAAACGGGCACCCGGGCCUGGUUUAAAAGGGGAGGCGAGGGCGGUCCCGGUAGGGCUGAGAGCAGGAUACGGUGGUCUGCCGCCGAGGAUCUUCAGAAGCUUCAUGUUAGGCUCUAAGUGUAAAAAUGAACAUUUUAAAAACAUGUUUGUGGGGAGCGAUGAGAAUCUGCAGCCUGAACAUUAAACAGCUUCUCAUGACAUCUGAAGUUCACACGGACAAGCACGCUGUUUGUGUUCUGUGCAUCAUUCGACGGUGGUGGUGGUUCUGCUGCUCUUCACUAACAGCCUGUCAUGUUUAGCAAAGUCCCCAAAAUUAAACCUAAUUCACUGAAAUUUAACCCUGGAUGUUAUUUAUUAUCCUACAAAUGUAAAGCGAGAGAAUAAAAAGCUUCGUCAUCUC